AGCCAGUGCAGAGAAGUGACCCAGAUUUCGGAGCUGACCAACUCGCAGCCCUCAGGCCUAGAGGGGCUGUCAGUGGAGCUGCAAACUGUCCUGGGGGAAAUUAAAACCCUGCAGAUCAGUCAAGAGGCCAGCAUUCAGUCAUUGCAGAGAACAUACAAUGAACAUAGGGAAGUUAUGAUAAAGCAAAUGUGUGGCAAUUUAAAUACUUAUAUAGAUGAAUGUGAUAAUAAUUCUGUGGGAACAUCAGGCGGAAAUGAGCAAUAUUUAAAAGAAGAGAUGUGUAGGAAUGUUGUUUCUAUCUUGAAUGAAUUCGAUAAUAUUACUGUGAAGGAACUUGACGAGAUGAAAGCUGAGGUUAUAAGCAUUGAAGGGUCAGUUACAAGUUCUAUUCAUAAAUGCACCAGUCUUCACAAUGUCUUGUCACAAUUCCAUGAAAUUGUUCAGAAAAUUGGAGAUCAUAAGGAGCUCUGCCUAAUAGCCAGCAUAAAAUGUAAGCAUAUAAUACAGCAGGCACUGACUCUGCUGGGAAAGUCAGGCAAGGCGUUUAAUGUCCAGAGUAAUAAUAAGCACAAUGUGAGAAUACCAAGUGAUUCAGAUGAAUGUUGGAUCACAGGCAUAUGUGUUCUGACUGAUGGGCAGGUGCUGGUUGCAGACAGGGGCAAUAAGAGGUUCAAGCUGCUGAACCAGCAGUACCAGGUGGUGAGUCACUGUGGUGUGGCUGAAUAUGUAAGGGACAUGUGUCAGAUCACACCCAGUGAGGUUGCAGUGGCUGUGGAUGAUGAUAAUUACACACAUAAUGUCCAGUUUAUCACAGUCACCCAGAGUCAGCUCACUCUUGGUAGGAAGCUUGAGUUACAACAUGGAUGUAAAGGUAUUGACCACCACGAGGGUGAACUGUUUAUCUGCUCUGGUACUGCUCUGUUCAAGUACACACUGAGUGGCAAACAGGUCUGCAGACUCUAUGAAGAUGAAUCUGCUCAUGAAACAGUAGACAAGUGUGCUGUGAGUCCCACAGGGGACAGGCUGUACAUAACCAUCAUCAGCUCCUGGCAGGACAAGCUUCUCACCCUGGCCAGGGAUGGCACACUCCUGGCUACAUACACAGACCCAGCACUAGAUGGCCCACAUGGUCUACAUGUGACCCCUGCAGGCCAGGUGCUGGUCUGUGGAUUCUGGUCCAACACUGUACUACAGGUGGGCUGGGAGGGAGAGAGUAAGCUGGCUAAUCUUGCUACUCAGGAGGAUGGAGUGUGGUACCCACAGUCAGUCUGCUACAGCAGCACAACAUCCUCCAUCAUUGUGGGACAGUUGAUGGACGACAACAUCCUGGUGUUCAGAGUGGAAUAGUGUGUACAUUCGCUGCUGAGUCAGGACAAGGAUGCUGAGGAUGUGGUGGACAAGGAUGACCUGAAUACACAGAAGGAGAGCACCAGCAUUGAUAUGUAGUUAGCCCAGCAACAGCUCCAGUCCGGCCUGCAAGAGCUCCAGUCCAGGGCGACCCUUCUUCUCUCCUGACCCCAAGCUACUCCCCUAGACCUCCGGCCUCAAAGGGUCAGCAGUGUUUAACAAUUCCGUUCUGCAGGAAAUUCUGAGCACAUAGAGAUUUCAUGUGCUGUUCUCAACUACGCUAUGUCCGUGUCGAGUUUCCCACACUUGCAUCUGAGUAGUUUUGUUUAGCUGGAGUGCCUGAGUGGGACGAGUGCUAAAGACACCAGGAGUUAUAGCAGUAGUUUUGGUAACGCUAACAGUCAGUUCUCGAUGUUGGACAUCACGAAGAAUGACCAGUUAAAUAACGUGUUCCAUUUUUUUAUGGAAUGAACAGAAAUUCAGCAAAGAAUUUGAGAAAAUCAAGAAACAAUUCAAGCCAUAAAUUCAACAGUGUUACCUUGCCAAGGGGAAUACUUUUGAUGUUGAUAGUGCGGGCAACAGUAGCUGUGCGGACUUUCACGGUUUGUCCUUUCAGGGGAAAAAGUGUCCUAAGAGAAUGCGCUUUUGACGCUAAUGCUGACAAAGGCAGUAAUGACUAGGUUGUGAACAUACAGAACACGAUACAUCAAUGGGGUGUGUUCUUCUGGCGUGAAAUCCGCGAAAUAUUUGAAACACUCUGCUAAAAGCGAACACGUGCGUUUUGUUACGAGAACUUGAAACUCCGAGCCCAAAGGGCAUCGUAUUGAUUCGAGGCUAAAGAAGGCCUUGAAAUAUGACAGCAUUUUUGUUGUAUGAUCCAGUGCGCCAUUCGACGCUCAACCGAAGUUAAUCAGAACUCAAACUCAAUCCUUAACAUUAUCAGUGAGGCCAGCGUGUCAUCUCAGCUUGUUGAGCUUCAGCAAACAUGAGCCAACAAGACAAACAUUAUUGUACAAUCCCGACCCCCUUUUGCAAAAAUAUUACAACUCUCUCAAGAAAUUCAGCACGAAAUCCUCUUGUGUCAGCCUUACAUGCUUCCUAUCAAGAUAUUUUCCCAUGUUUGCUUCAUCAACACUUCCAACAGCGGAUCCUUGGUAAUUUAGACUUCCGUUCCAGCGUGGAUUGGGCUUAGCAAUAAAUUGAUGCUGGGCAACGGCAAAUUGUUCGGGACGAGUCGCUCGAACGGAAACGAUCUGACCUAACAGAUAGCUUAUAGUGAUGUGUCCAUUAAUGUGACUGACCUCGAUAUGUUGCUUUUAAAUAAUGCAAACCGUACACCAGAAGAACAGUCUGCGAGCAAUUAAGGCCAUUUAACAACCGUUGUUGUCUGGAAUUCACGGCUUUGGGUUGACGAAUUUGGCAUCAGGACUUGCUCUAUCUCUGUCUACGGCAGCAGCAGCAGAAACAACAAAAAAACAGAUUGGUAACCAGCUGUACAACAGGCUCUCUUGCCAGCUGGGCCCAGACACCCAGGGACACUUCCUUCGCAUGGGUGGUGGUGGGUGGCUCUUGGCGAAGGACUUUUGGGCAGUUCAACGUGUCCUACUCGCAGAGUGCAGCCAAUCUAAACAUGGGGCUCCACAUUUUCCUGGUCAAGAUUACCUUAUCCAAAUAGUAGAUUGAAGCCUUAUCCUCAAAAGUUCAGGUCCAAAGAAAGAUGGUGACCAACUGCAACUCAGCCACUUCAUCUCAAUAGUGAACAAGGCACCCUUCCUAAACCCUCGCCGACUGCGCUAAACGGGAACCUUAAUAUACAUGAGAUUCCAGGCGGAAUGUAAAAUCUGUACCACUCUGAUCUCCAGUAGCAGCCCCAGCCGUGGGAGGCCGAUUCAUGAUGCACCUAUGGCCUUAAUUAUCUCUGAACAUCCCAACCUCACAUGACCUGUAGGGCGGGGAUGUAUAUAAAUGAUCAUUAAAUCCCACAAACCAAGGAGAGGUUAUAUUGGAGUCAAUUUUAUUGGUUUGUGUUCAGUGUCAAGCAGUAUCCUAGCAAUCAAGUCAAGUCAGCGCAGCAGCAACAACAGAUGCAGCAGCAGUCGUACGCAAUACAUCAACAACACUGGUGCAUAUGCAUUAAACUAUAAAGAAGAAAACCAGAUAACAAAGCGUUGAUUUUGUUCUGGAUGCAUUAGCAGUCACAGUACAUGAACCGACAGUAGUCAUCUUCUCGAGAUUCUGGCCUCUGAACCAUCAGUCUAUGAACAUAAUGCAGAGCAAUCUAGGGACGCCAAUUGACGAAAUCAAACUGACCAAUCAGCAACAAAGCCUGUUGCAGCAGUUGUUACCAUAUUGACCCCAGUCAAAUCAUGGAAGCUUAGACAUAAAUACUGUUUAAGAUGUGCCAGUCUCUACAGACCUCGUGGUCUGUUAAGCACUUACUCUGACAGGUGUCAUCUUUGGUUUUUGUGACGGGUGGAAAAUGAAUAACCUUGUUCAGAUUGAAAUGGCAGAAUGAAAAAGCACAAUUCACGCGAAAAGCCAUAUAUUAAUUUGACCAGCCAUGGUUUGUUGGAAGAAAAACAAUCUGUCAUGUAUUAUGGAAACUUUGAUGCUGUCAGUCAUUAACAAUUGAUGAGAUAUGUUAAAUGUUAUAAUGAGAUUAAGGUAACUUGAUAAAGGCGUGUAUGUUAAGUAAUACUUUAAGCCCACAUAUUGCACGUCUAUAUAAAUACUUUGUUUGUAUUACGACACUUGCAUCUGAUAACGUUAUAUGCAUGGAAAAUAAAUUUUACUUCAGACAUUCUUUCAUACAUUGAGCUUGAGAUAAUUCAAAGCUGUAUAAAUGAUGCUGGUAACUUGGACGCAAUCACAAAAUAUGUAUUGGAUUCUGUUCAUGUAACUUGUAAUGCUGGUAACUUGGACGCAAUCACAAAAUAUGUAUUGGAUUCUGUUCAUGUAAUAAGCAUGUUUCAGUUUUCUGUUUUUACAUGCAAUAUAGAAAUGCUAGCUAAAAUAACUGUGCAGAAAGGUUGAGAGUUUGAGGCUUCCUAUUUGAUCUGUCUGUCUGUCUUUUUCUAUACAAUAAUCUUAUUAAGUUUGCUCAUUUGGGUCCGUAUUUUAUCAAGAAUCUUGUUAAGUAUGGCAGUAUUUGAAAUGAAUAUAAAUUGAAUGUAGACAACAUUAUUUAAUCUUUCAAUUGUCAGUUCUGUAUUUACUUCUUUAACUUUAUUGAUUUGAAUGGAGAUUGUUUGUUAAAUUAUAAGAUAAUUACUUGUUCUUUAUUUGGAAUGCUUUAAUUGUUUUGAAACUGAGUAUUUAAAAAUAAAUUUAUUAAAUAAUUAUGAUAAGGUUCAUGAAUAAAAGCCAAAGUCGUGAUUGUUAUUGUCUAUUUUUUGUUGUUAUAUACAUUAUUUACAUGCUCAUAAAUGUUGACAAUUGUGUUCGGACAUAAUAUAUGUUUUAUGUCUUACAUUUGUGUAUAUACACAUUUUGAAGACCGGAUUUUCAUGCUCUCAACUCAUUUACCGGUAGUAACUUUACCAAAAAUAAAUGUUUAUCACUGUAUGAUGGUAAAUUUUGCAACUGAUAUAUAGAGCAACUUUAAAAUAAUUGUAUGUUCGAUGUAAAUAACUCAUAUAUUGUUUCCAUUUUGAUGAGAUAAACUCUAUGUUUUCACUCCUUUGUACACAUCAUUUGUAAAUGGUACAUCUUGUAGAUUUUUGGUAACGCAAACAAUUUAGCUGCUGUUAAACAUUUAUACAGGAUAACAGAUUCUGAAAUUUAGCAAUACGAACAGGUUGUUAGAUGCAAUGCUUUUUAGUUUUCAAAGUUUACCAAGUAUUUAAAACAUUUGCUUAAUUAUGUUUUACAUUCUAAAGAAUAAUUGAUAUCUCAAAACGUAAAUCACUUAAUUACAAAUCAAGGGAGAGUUAUGUAAUAUGCUUGCAAUUGCUAAGAAGUGCAGUUGUUGUUUUUUUCUUUUCCGGUUAAAGCAAUGUCAUUUGCUUAAAAAAGUUGUCUCCCUUGUAAGAAAAUUAAUGUGUUCACAUCUCAACAUAACAAGUAAAUUCAUACAGUACAUGUAUUUAAAAUUAUUCACAUGAUAUUCACCAAUAAGUCUAAUGGAAUUUGUAGAAUAAAAUAUAACAUGUUAUUAUGACGAUUAUAAGUGAAUGUUUGGCACAAAAUGCCUCUUAAUCUCUAUAUUUACAACUUCAGCAAAUGUCUAAGACCAGAUUUUCCUAAAUGGUGUGGUUGUUGACAUUAAUAUUAAAUUUAGUUCAUGAACCAUAAAUGUUUUGUUGUUGAACAUAUAAAAAAAGCUUUAUGUAUAUUAAUUUUAUGUCAUAUUUCAAACAUAUCAUAUUGAUACGAUUGACAGAAAAUAAACAUUUUGCUUUAAUGUGUAUACAUGAAGUGUAUACAUGAGUAACGAUUGGUACCAUUCAAGCAUGUUAAUAAUGAACUAUAGUUGUAGUACUAGAUGCAUUUUUAGCUCAUCUAUUUUUUGGAGAAAAAAAAAUGAGCUAUUGUCAUCACCUUGGCAUCGGCGUCCGGUUAUGUUUUGUGUUUAGGUCCACUUUUCUCAGAAAGUAUCAAAGCUAUUGCAUUCACACUUGGUACACUUACUUACUAUCAUGAGGGGACAGAACAGGCAAAGUGAGAUAACUCUGGGGUGCAUUUUUACAGAAUUAUGUACCCUUUUUAUACUUAGAAAAUUUAAAAUUUGGUUAAGUUUUGUGUUUAGGUCCAUUUUAUUUGUUAAGUAUCAAAGCUAUUGCUUUCAUACUUGCAACACUUACUAACUAUUAUAAGGGGACUGUGCAGGCAAAGUUAUGUAACUCUGACUGGCAUUUUGACAGAAUUAUGUGCCCUUUUUAUACUUAGAAAAUUGAAAAUUUGGUUAAGUUUUGUGUUUAGGUCUACUUUAUUCCUAAAGUAUCAAAGCUAUUGCUUUCAUACUUGCAACACUUACUAACUAUGUUAAGGGGACUGUGCAGGCAAAGUUGCAUCACUGUAGUUGUCAUUUUGACGGAAUUAUGGCCCUUUUUUGACUUAGUAACUUUGAAUAUAUGGUUAUAUUUUGUGUUUCGAUCCACUUUACUUCCAAAGUAUCAAGCUUUGUAUUGCUUUCAAACUUCAAAUACUUUCAGGCUAUCAUGCGGGUACUGUACCUGGCAAGUUGAAUUUUACCUUGACCUUUGAUUGACUAUCAAGGUCAAAUUAUUAAAUUUUGCUAAAAUUACCAUAACUUCUUUAGUUAUGAUUAGAUUUGAUUGAUACUUUGACAUAAGAACUCUUUCCUGACAUACCAAAAUAGACUCUACCCAAACCAUUCCCAAAGCCCCCCCCCCCCCCCCUCCAACCCCUGAAUCCAGAAUCCCCCAUCCAAUUUUUUUUGUUUUUCAUUCUUUUUUAAAGAUCAUCUCAUAAAUAAAACCAUCACACUAUACCCUCCACCGCCCCCCCCCCCCCAAUUUUUUUUAUUUGUUAAAAACAACAAAAAAAAUUAUUUUAUUUUUGAAAUACCGUCCAACCAUCCCACUCAAGAAUACCCCUCCCCCCCCCCCCCAAAAAAAAACAACAACAACAAAUUGUUUGUUUUCUUAUUUUUUGAAGAUAAUGUAAUAAAUGACCACACCCCAACAAUAUACACCCCUCUCCACUCCACCCCUCCCUCCUUUGUGAUUGAAGUAUUGAGAGUCCCUUCACCUUUAAAAGAAAAAUAGAUGAGCGGUCUGCACCCUCAAGGCGUUGCUCUUGUUUUGAUCAUGUCUUAAUUUGUUCGUCUACUCCAAAUAAACAUGUUGCAUUUGUAAAUAAAGCGUGUAUAACCUCUAUGUACUGUCCCAAGGUCUGUUUUCAAAUACUUGAGUACCUCAUAUUUAGCAGAGACUUACCAAUUUAUGGCAUUAUUUGUUAUGCACAUGUCUGACUUAUAUAAAUAUCUUCAAGUUCUGAGAUUACUGUUAAGGGUAUUUUAAAGGUAAAAGUUUAAAUAUUUCUAUAGACUGUAACCUGGUGUCUGUUAAGUUAAUUUUAAUACAUUUAUAAUGUCUAGCGUAUUGAAUGUGUAAGUGUCUUUAUUCUCGCCCGCAUGCAUUGUUGCUGUAUGCUUUGACAAAGCUUACUACACAACCUAUGUGUUUGUUUAUCAUUUAUAACCAGUGGUUUGUCCGCAGAGGUUACAUAAUACUAUAUCACUUAAUAAAUCAACUUCAUUUAUUGAUUUGAUUUUGUAUAUAUUCACUUCUCAUGACUGAAUCUGCAAUAGGCCUUUGAAUAUGUGGUAAGAAAAACAUUUUUUAUUAAACGUUAGAAACUUUAUUAUCAGAUUUUGACAGAUGGUGGUUAACAUUUAACUGGAGAGUAGCCGGGAAAAAAAUGGCUGUAAAACAGUGAAGUUUGAUCCACUUUUAGUUAUGUCUUAUAUAUCACAUUAUCUAUAUUUUUUGUUAAUUUGGAUCAUAAUGAUCUUUAAAAAAUGGAAUGAUUAUGAGGGUUUCCAAAAUGAUGCAUUUAUUUUAUGUUAAAGUUAUUGCUUUCAAUUUUAAUUUGUUAUAGAAAUAUUUAAGUUUAUGUGACUUACAGAGAUAUACAUGUUUAUGUAAGUGAUGUGCUGUUUGAUGAUUUAAGAAUUGUCUUGCACUCUGAUUAAAGUAGAUCGCCAUUGAUUCAAGUUCGAAUACUGAUGUACAGUUAAAGUGUGUUGUACUUUCAAAUAAAAAUACUAUGUAAAUAUAGUUCAGUUAUCCCUUGUUUACAAGAUCACAUUUUUAUUGCUCAUCGUUGGUGUUGGUGUUUGCAUUCGGACACAAUAAUGCUUUCCUUAUAUGUUUAUUAUGUAGACCUGCUUUUACAAGACCACAUUCUGACAAGCUUAAAUGUAUGUAUAUAAUGUAGUUCCUCAUUUUCCAGACCACAUUUUGAUGUUCUUAAACGUGUUCAAAGCUUGACGAAAUUUUUGUUGACAUUUAGCCAUUUACAUUUAUAAUAACUGAACAACAAAUGAAUUGUCAGUGUAAAUAAAUAAUUUAUUGUUGUUCGAUCAGUUAAAGUAUUUCACUGUUUUCAUUCACACUUUAAAUUAAUAACAUAACAAGUUGUAAGGUACACACAAUCUAUUUCAACAAGGGAGACAAUUUUGAAUUUGUUUUUUAAGAAUAUAACAUAUCUUUAUCGAGAUAGAGAGAAUGACAGUUUUGACAAUUUUAACAAUAUUACAUCACUCUCCGUUGACUUGUAAUUGACUUAUUUUCAUUAACCAGUUUUAAUUGUUCUUUCGAUCAUAUACAAUUUAUCUUAAGAUAUUUUUACAAAACAAGUAAACACAUUUUCAUGUAGUGUCUUAAUUUGAAUUGUAUGUAAUGAAAAGCAAGGCAUAUAACAAGGUAUUUUAAUUUAAAGUAUGGUUUUCUGUUUCCCACAAGCACACACCAGUCAUUUGAUAUACAUCUGUACUAUAUCUAAGUUUAAUAUGAUAAAUUACACAAGCUUUGCAUCUAAAAGAUGGAUAAAAUGAAAAUUAUGUGAACAUAUGAAUGAAAACAGUGAAAUACUUUAACAAAUUCAAUUAUAAAAAACAACAAGUUUACUUUUGUACACAAGUUGAAUAAACUAUUAUACAUUUUUUGUAGAUGUCAACAAGUAAAGUACUUCAGUUAAGUGCUUAAAUAAAAAAUAAACGACACGUUGUUAAAUAAAAAGUUAUCAAUUGUUUCGUCGGAAAAAUACUUCAGAAUAUUUAUGUCAGGUAUACCAACAAAGAAAAACAAAAUAUUAACAUUCUUUUUCUUAAAAUAAAAAGAAACACGUUUAGUUUAAGAACAGAUAAUAAUAUUUUAAACUAGAAAGGUCUUUUAAAUAGGUAAGGUUUCUCAUGACGAAGUAUAUAAUUAAUUUGAAAUAGUGGAAAUAUAAUUAACGUCGUGAUGCAUAUAUAGUACAAUAAAGCAAAGUAUUUUUUAACAAAACCCAUAUCAUAAGAUUUGUAUAUACUCAAUUCAUGUUGACGAAAUGCUUAUUCUUUUAGAAAAAAUACCGUGUACAGUCAAAUUAGUUUUUGUUGAUUUUCUUUACAAUUUAUUAAAUGUAUAUACGUACUUAUGUAUAAUACUAUAUAUUUCGUAUAACAUUCAAAGUGCCAUGUUUUAACACUUAAUAACUGUCCUUUUAUGUCGGUCAUUCAGCCCAUUUGAGCCGCAUUCUGAUAAAAUGUGACUUAAUGCAUGUUGUCUAAGUGUUGUCCCAGAUUGGCAGUCCGCACAUGCUAAUUUGGGACGACAGUUAUCGCUUUAAUAAAUUUUUCAUUUUCAAGAAGUAUCUUUUUUAGCGAAAUCAAGUUUCGGAAAGUGUCGUCGGUGAUUACCGGCAGAAUGUUAGGAUUGCACGGGCUUAUCUGGGACAACACUUUACGCACAUGCAUUACUACCCUUUUUCCGAAAGCGCGGCUCAUUUAAAAGUUGAUAAAAAUCAGAAUGACGACAGUUCCUUAAGAUAUAUCCUCAUUAGAGAUUGUAUGUGGAACCAAAUCAUGUUAAAGCAAUAAACAAAACCAUAACCCUU